AUGGCUGCAUCAUUGCUCUCGGAGGAUCUGGACUCAUACAGUGGCCAGUAUGGGACACAUGGUGCCAUCCAGCGGCUGCAGUUCAUCGCAACGCAGACGCAGAAAGUCAAUCUGAAGAUCGAUGCCCUGAAGCUGUGCUUGGAUUUGAUGAAGCGCACGACGAACUGCAAAGGGUAUACGGAGGUGCAUAACGGACUCAAGGAGUUGUUGGAAGGGAAUGAGUCAGCGCUGCCGCCCUAUGACCAAGUCUGGGUUGAAGCUACGCAGAAGCAGAACGGAAUCCUGAAGGACCUCUACGAGCAGGACCUGAGUCAGGCCAAAGCGUCUCAGAUGAAGGAGAACAUCCGACAGUGCUACCAUCAGCUCACCAACCUGUGCCUUGAACAGGGCGACUACCCGACCGCUGAGAAAUACUUGGCGAGGAGCCGUGAGUUCUGCACAGAACCGCAGGCCGUGUUUGCUACCUGUAUGACCAUCAUCAGACUGCGAGCUUUGCAGCGCCAGUAUUCUGAUAUCCAGAAUUUCACCAGCAAAGCCCACCACACUCCAUUCAAGGAUGAAGCCAGCCAAUCAAGAAUUUUUGCAUCAUAUGGUCUGUACAACAUGACAACUGGCAAGUACAAAGAUGCCGCCACGAGCUUCUCGCAGGUGAAACCGCAGGAUCUGGGCAGUUCCUUCUCAGACAUUCUCAGCCCUCAAGAUGUCGCUCUGUACGGAGUGCUCUGUGGCCUGGGCUCACUGGAUCGAGCAGAGGUGCAAAGCAAGCUGCUGGAUUCGCCGACCUUCCGGGAAUGCCUGGACAUGGCUCCGCAGCUUCGUGAUCUAGCCAUCGACUUCUGCAGCUGCAGGUAUGCAGCUUGCUUGGCUUCUCUGGACCGGUUGAAGGAGCCACUGUCGCUGGAUGUGCACCUGAGUGGCCAAGUGGCCAACCUUUGUGAACAGAUCCGGAGCAAAGGUAUUGUUCAGUACUUCGCCCCCUUCCUCUCCGUGUCUCUCCACCGCAUGGCGGAAGCCUUCAACACCGAUGUGGAGUCAAUGCAGAGGGAGGUUGCGAAACUCAUCGGGCAGCGUCAGUUGGAUGCAAAGAUCGAUUCGCAAAGGAAGAUCCUUCAUGCAAGCCAUGCCGAUCAAAGACGCUCAACGUACAACAAUGCCCUGCGUGUCAGCAAUGACUUUCUGGACAGUACGCAUGCUCUCAUCCUGCGCAUGAACUUGUUGAAGCAUGACUUCGGCAUCUACCUGGUUAGACAGAAGAAGUGA